CUCUUUAUUUUUUAUUGCAGGCGUAAACCUUGAGAAAAAUAUUUUUAUUUACAAUCAUAACUUCGUGAUUAACUAUCUCGUAGAAUAGUUAAUCGACAUGGCCGAAGAUUUAAGAAACUAUAAAUUACAACUGCAGCAGGUGGAAGCAGCUCUGCUGACAGACCCACACAAUGAAGAGUUGCUGAAGCUUAAGACGGACUUAGAAGAAGUAAUUGAGUUGACACAAGAUUUAAUAAAAACACAAGAUGGUGAAUCCAGAGCGUCUAAUAUUCAUAGUUCUAGUAAUGAUGAUGAUGUUACAGCGUCCCUGCUAGCAGCGGAGGAUGGUGACACGGGAGAGUCUUCAUACUAUUACAAAUGGCACGUCGGUGAAAAGUGCCUUGCUAAAUGGAGAUCUGAUGGCGCGUAUUAUGAAGCUCUCAUUGAAGAAAUUGGGGAUGAAUUCUUUAAAGUGAAAUUUGAUGGCUAUACAACAUUAGAAACAGUUUCUGUUCAUGAUAUCAAACCUUUAAAUACAAAUUUAAAGCGACCUUUAAGUGGAGAUGAAAGCAAACAUGGAAAAGGCUACAAUAGAGAAUAUUUGAAAAAGAAGAAACAAAAGAAACAACAGAGAUUUAAACAAAUUGAAGAAGAAAGAGAGACUGAAAAGAAUAAAUGGCUAAACUUCCAUACCAAAGCAUCAAAAAAACCAGGUGUUCGUACUAAAAGUAUAUUUGCAUCACCAGACAACUUGACUGGCAGAGUAGGUAUCGGUACCUGUGGAAUAUCUGGAAGGCCUAUGACUGAGUACACUCCCGGAGAGAAAUGGAAGAAAGGUGGAUAAUAUUAGUUUACAAAAACUAAUAUUUUCUAUAUUUCAUAAGAGAUACUUAUUAGAAAAUGUGACCAUGUUAGUAAUUAUUUUCAAACAAUAUUGGAACUAUCAUCGCCAUUUGAAAUAAAAACAUAUAUUACAAUAAUGUCAAAAUAUCUGUUUUAUUCACCAUAUCAGAAACAGAUAACCAUUAUUGUAUUAUGGCUGUUAAAUAGAACAUAAAAAUUAUUAUUAGUGAAUUAUACAGUUAGCGGUGCCAAGUCUGUUGUACCACAAAAACUAGUCUUAAUUUGUGUUUACUUUAGCAUAUUCAGUAGUUAAAUAAAAUUUUAAGGAAUUAUUAAAUAUGUAUACUUUACUCCUCAACACUAUUAUAUUAUAAGUUUACUUCUGUUAUCUUAAUUAUUUAUAGAAUUGAAAUGUUUGACAGGAUUAAAACUAAAUAUGGUCUGGUUAGUGCAACGGAAUGGCUAUCUCAUUGAUUUGUUUUAGAAAAAUACUUGU